CUCUCGACAGUUUCGUUCCAUUCGAAAUUUCGAAAUUGUUCUUUAUUAUAGAACGCAAAACCGAAUGAAAAUGGAGAAAUGCGUUUAUCAAUCUUCUUUGAAAAGUCCCACUCUCGGAUAUUUUGCUUUGAUUUGUUUUCUUGGAGCUGCAUCAACAUGUGUGUUCAGAAAGUUCAAAUUUUUAAGCAACUUUGUAAAAGUUUCUUAUGGAGUGAUUACUGCAAUAAUAACAAUGCAUUUCAAUGAACAAAAAUUAGAAACUUUUGAAAUUCAGUAUUGGUAUUUAUUAUUUAUCCAGUAUUUCUAUAUACCUAUAUAUGUAUUUUGUUCGGCAAUAUCGUUUCAGCCUUACAUAUUUCAUAAAGUAUUCAAGCAAUGCAUGAUUUUAGGCAUCGGCGGAACUUUUAUUGUCAUUGUCAUGACUUUAGUUACUGCUCAAGUAUUUUUAUUUGAAAGGAAUUUAUCACAACUGAUUUUAUCUUCUAUUAUUGCAAUAAUCCUAAAUAUUUUAUCAAGCAAAGAUACGAUGGACCUUCUGAUGCAUUUUGGUGCAGCAGAAUGUUUAUAUACUUUGGCAACUGGAGAAGUAUUUUUCAAUAGGCUUUUUAGUUUGAUUGCAUACGAUAUAUUAUUAACUGGUCAAAGAGUUUAUAAUUGUAGUAGUGAACAAUAUACAAUUUUAACCAUGAUUUCCACAACACUGAGCCCAAUAUUUGGAUAUAUCUUUGGCAAAAUUUCACUUUAUUUUUUAUUAAACUGUACUCUCAAUACUUCUGCAAUUGUAAUCGCCUUGUGUAUGAUUAUCAUCUCGUCAGUUGCAAACUUAACAAAAAUUUUAUUCAACGCACUUGCAAUUGGUAGUUUUGCACUUACCAUUAUAUCAGAAAAAUUACUCUUUGAAAAGAAAACAAUUUCCUCAAUAGAAAUAUUUUUAAAAGCUACAGUUUUUCAAGUGGAAACAAUUGCUUUAAUUCAUAUGGGUAUACUUUUGUAUUCAUCAUUCUUGUUCUUAAAGAAUAAUCAUGAGUCAAGUGAAGCAAUAUGGAUUCAACCUUUGCUUAUAUAUUUCUGUUUAAUUAUUUACAGAUCAAUUGUUGUUAUUGUAAUGAAACCGAUUCUACAAAAACUUGGUUAUGGAUUUAGCUGGCAGUUUUGUGGUAUUAUUAUAUUUUCACGAUUCAAUGAUGUUAUAGCAAUUUUUUUGCUAUUGCAUUUUAAUGAACUUAAAAUCAUCAAUGAAGUUAUUUACAAUAAGAUUUUGAUACAAACAAUUCUCUUAAUUGUACUGUCACAAUUUCUGAAUUAUUUUGGCUUAAAGUUCUCAAUUUCAUUGAUUGGUAUUGAUACAAUUUCUUAUGCAAGGAAAGCUUCUAUGACUUAUGCUAUAAAACUCUUAAACAAUAUUAUCACAUCAUCAAAGAAUAUUUAUAAAAGAGAUCCUCUAUAUGCUUCAGUGUCAUGGGAGUUUGUUGAAAUAGAUACAACCAUUCAUAAUCCUUAUGAAACAACAACACAGACUUCUCAGAUAACUGAGUUACCAAUAAAUACGCAAAUUUAUAUACUUUCAAGACAGUGCCCAAAAUGCCAAGAAGCUGACAUACAAGAAAAUAUUAAAAAUUUUAAAAGAGUUAAAUUACAAUCUGAAAAACUUAAAAAAUUUCAAGAUCUUCAAGCAGAAAUAUAUACACGGAGUACCAAAUCUGCAAAAAAAACUAGAGUGAGAAAGAGACAAUAAAAUACUUCAAAUUGGACUUUGUUGUACAAGAACAAAUAAACAAUGUAAGUUCUAAGAUUAACCAUUUUCAGUUGGGAUCAGAAUUCAGUGUCAUAUUAAACAUCGAUGCUUGACCUCUUUGCCUGGCUGGUCUUGAUUUAUGCUUGAAAACAGGUAUAGCCUAAUCAAAAUUAUGGAUGAGGGAUCAAGAUCAAUUCAGAUGGUUGAUUGAGUGACAAACAGAUACAAGCCUGUGUCUCAAGGACACAAGGUCCUUUUUCUCAAAGUUUUACUUUUUGUUGUUAUUUUGACAGGUUCUUUUCUAAAUGUAUUGCAUUCAAUCAUCCUCCAUAGUCUCCCACAAAGGUCCAUGUCUCUUCCUGGAGAUGUACUGGCAAAUGUUCAACUCUAACACCCUAUAUUUUCUCUCUUGGCAACAUCGGAUGUUACAAGGCAUAACUUCAGAUCACCAAGGAAAUCUGAACUCACGUUGUCGCAGACUUUCUUGAUGCCUGAUGUCAUACUGCAAAUUGAAGUUUGGCAUAAGAUCUGGAUAUUAAUCCGUCCAGAACUUCAGUGAAGCAUCCAUCUUCCUUUCAAUGCUAUCCAUGUUGGCUGCUCACAUUAUAGACUUUUGUCCAGGGCUUAUUCUUCCUAUGGGGGGGUCAGUUUAAAAAGUGACUGUUAUAUAAAUCAGGGAACCCAUGGAAAAUUGUAAGAAUUCAUUCCUUUAAUAAAAUGGUUUCCCAUAGAAUUGGUAUCUUUGUCUAAGUUGACAAACCACUCUACAUAUGUCACUGACUCCUUGGCAUUCCGAAUGGUCUGAAUUUUCUAAAAGAAUGUUGGUUAUGCUAUCAUAACAUGAUAUUAGGCCAUGAACACCUUCACAGAGUCUUCACAUUUUUAUAUGUGGACAUAUUCUCAUUUCUGAAUUUAUAUUGACUCUUGGAAAGAUUGUUGAGGUAUUUUACAUUUGAAUCAUAAUUUAGAAAUCAUUUCUUUAAGUUCAUUUAAUUAGACAGCUUAUCAAUAAGAGUUAGGAAACAUAUAUAGCAAACUGCAAAAAUAGAUAUACACAUAUUAACGUUUGUUUAUUUGUUUUUAUAAAUAAAUUUUUAUCCAUGAUACCAUCAGCACAUUCAGAAGUAUUUUUGGUGAGAACUUGCUUUCAUACAUACGAACAUAUGUGUAUAUUUUGCUUUUAAUACAUUAAAAUAAAUUGAAUAUUAACAGAAAUUUUUUGAUUAUUUCAUAU